UUUCGCGCCGAAUAUUCUUUUUUGGUGUCAUUCUGCAGCGCGGGAGUUUGUGUUUUUGUGUGUGGAUGUUGGACCCUGUGCAGUGUUUUAACUAAUAACGUUAUUAAUACUAUCUGAGGGGAAGAGUUUAACGACAACAUGCAGCGAAGCAUCGCAUCGUUCUUUCAGCCCAAGAGCAACAAAGAGAUUCAGAAGAAAGCCACAGAUGAACGUGUGAAGAAACCCGUCAAAAGCCCUCUCAAGGUGCAGAAUGGCGUCCGGGAAGCAGACUCGCCCGUCAGGAAGGUUUCCAAACGCAGCCGACAGAUCCUGGACAGCGACGAGGAGGACGAGGAGGAGGAGGAGGCGCCGGUUGUUGAAGAGAAAACCGCCGCCGCCGCCAAGGGACAAGGAGACAAAGAAGCUCCUGAUAAAAGAGAAAAGAAGGACACCAUCUUUAAGGUCGUCCCCACCCCUCUGUCUCCUCCACCGGCCCCCUCCACCCCUCUGUCUCCUCCACCGGCCCCCUCCACCCCUGUGACUCCCGCCACCCCUGUGACUCCCGCUACCCCGGCGUCUUCUGCUUCACCCGGGACUCCGAACUCCAUCUCCCCCUCUGGGAUCGUCAGACGCAAGACCGCCAGGAAGAUGUUCCCCAAGAGGAAGCUCGAUGAGAGCCGGAAAGACGAGGCCGAGGAAGCGCCGGGUCAGCAAAACAAGCGAUCCCGCGUGGAGAGCGGCGCAGGAAACACCGAUGAACCCAUGGAGGAGGGAGUGAAGGAAGAAAGGGUUGUAAAGGCAGUGACUGAGGCUAACAACCCAGAUGAAGAGGUGGUGGAGAAGAAGAAGAACAAAGGAGGAGAGGAGGAGGACGAGGAGGAGGAAGAGGAGGAGAGGGUGAAGAGAAAUAGCUCUGAUGGGAAAGUAAAGAAAGCUGAGGGGGCGGAAAAGAAAAAUGAAGCAAGGGAGAAGACGGAUGAUGAGAAAGAGCCCGCCGCUGCCAAAAAGAAGAAGAAGAAGAAGGUGGAGGAGGAGGAGGUGGUUGAAAAGGACACGACAGAGGGAGAAGAGAGCCCAAAAAGUCAAACGGCGAGAAAGCGGAAAGAACCAAAAGAGCAGAAAGAUAAGGAGCCACUCAAGAAAGCUCCCAUCAGCAGUUUCUUUGCCCCAAGAAAAGCUGCCGUGAAGACGGAGAAGCCAGAGAAGAGCGAAGGGGAGAAGAAGACGACUAGCGGCGAGAGGAAGACUUCAGAGGAGGACGCCAAAGACACCAAAGGCGAGUCAAACUCGGGAGAGACGGACUACAACCCGUCCAGGGCCAACUACCACCCUGUGGACCACGCCUGCUGGAAGCAGGGCCAAAAAGUGCCGUACUUGGCGGUGGCUCGCACCUUUGAGAAGAUUGAAGAGGACUCUGGCAGGCUGAGAAACAUCGAGACGCUGUCGAACCUGCUCCGCUCCGUGCUGCUGCUCUCUCCAGGUAAAUGGUGUUUUAUCUCUCCCAUAAUGCAUGCUGAUGUCGCAACACAGGCAGCUGGCUGCCAGCCACUCUAUCAAGGAGAUGAUGAUGAAGCCAGGCUGCACAUGAAAAUAUCUGUGAUUUUCCUUGAAAAGGUGAAGAAGGACUCGGUGGUUUCCUGCGUCCUGGACUCUGAGGCGGUGGCCUGGGACCGGGAGAAGAAACAGAUCCAGCCCUUCCAGGUCCUCACCACCCGCAAGAGAAAGGAUGUGGACGCCUCGGAGAUCAAAGUCCAAGUGUGUGUGUACGCCUUUGACCUCCUCUAUCUCAACGGAGAGUCGCUGGUGAAACAGCCGUUGUGUCGGCGUCGGGCUCUGCUGAAAGAAAGUUUCUCAGAAGUGGAAGGAGAGUUUGUGUUCGCACGUUCCAUCGACUCCGACAACACAGACGCCAUCGCAGAGUUCCUGGAGCAGUCUGUCCGAGACUCCUGCGAGGGUCUAAUGGUGAAGACUCUGGAGAAAGAUGCCACAUAUGAAAUUGCCAAGCGCUCUCACAACUGGCUCAAGCUGAAGAAGGACUACCUGGACGGUGUCGGCGACACGGUCGACCUGUGUGUGAUCGGCGCCUACCUGGGGAAAGGCAAGCGGACGGGCACCUACGGGGGCUUCCUGCUGGCCUGCUACGACGAGGACAACGAGGAGUUCCAGUCCGUCUGCAAGAUCGGGACAGGCUUCAAGGAUGAAGAUCUGGAGCAGCAUUACAAGUUCUUACAGGAGCACAUUCUGCCUAAACCCCGAGCCUAUUACCGCAUCGACCAGUCGGCGGAGCCCGACGUGUGGCUGGACGCCGUGCAGGUCUGGGAGGUGAAGUGCGCCGACCUGUCGCUGUCGCCCGUCUACAAGGCCGCCAUGGGACUGGUGGAUCCAGAGAAGGGCAUUUCUCUGAGGUUCCCCCGCUUCCUUCGGAUCAGAGACGACAAGAAGGCCGAGGACGCCACGACUGGAGCUCAGAUUGCUGAUUUGUACAAGAAGCAGCAGCAGGUUCAGAAUCAGGGGGAGAAAGCCGACCCGGAGGACUACUACUGAUCAUCUGUAUUCAUCGGCGGUGAAUAACGAUGAACCGCAAUUUCAAAAAUAAUUGUAAAUAGCUUCUUUCUUUAUCUAAUGUCGAAUGAAAAUAAAGGCGCUUGCCAGUUUUAAGCACCCUGUCGUUUUUGUGUUCGUUGAUUCAUGGAAGCAGAGCCAAAAUUGCGUAAACAUCUCGCCACGUACUGCGCACAUGAAUUCCAAAAACUCAAAUCGACUCAGUAGUUGGAGCAUACCUGCUGGUAAUAGAUCCCUAUCAAAAAUUCUCAAUGGAAAAAAAAAAAAAAAAAAGCCAAGCAAAACUCUUAACUGUACGGGUGGCAUACCAAUAUCUUCAGCGGGCCCGGUUCCUGCUCAAGCACUCAGGAGGCGGUGGCGGCAAAGUGCAUUGGGCGCGUGCGGUGAUCGGAGGACAAGCCGAGCAGAUUGCCGGCUGCCCCGAAACGUCAUUAGAAGUAGAAAAAGACGCAGGAGCUGACAGUCGCUCAAACAGCAGGACAAAAGAGAGGCACUCACAGCUCGCAUUAGAUGAUGGAAAUCCACUAACCGUCCAGCCUGAAUCAAUCAGGGGGGGGGGGGGGUCGGAUUGAGAGCCAAGGACAGCCGGUUAUUACAUGAGAGGACCGUGAGGGUUUUCUGCACGGUGAUGCCAUGCGGGAGGAUGUGAGUGAGCUUUUGCGGAAUGGUCACGUGGACAAAAGCGCAGACGCAUCAUUUGUUGACAUUUCUGCAACAAUUGCAUUUUUUGGCAAUUGUAAAUAAUUUGUUCUGCAUGCGAAAAAACUGCAUGCU